ACACACACACACACACACACACACACUCACACACACACACUUCCCAGUCAUAACUGAAUGACGGCAGGUCGCUAUGGAAACUGCGUUACGCUCCGGGCGGCCGGAGGAGAAAACAAGAGAGCGAGGACUCAUUCCAGUCUUCAUUUCAGCACCACGCGAGCUCCUGGACAGCGCCCGAAUGAACCCGCGCGCUGCUUCUAGCCUCACAUGCCUUAGAAGGGACAGAGUCGCACCAGUGCCGAGUCUAACCAGAGUGGGUAGGGACUCCCAAAGAAACAGAGACCCAGACUCAGCGGACCAGAAACUCGGUGGAUGCUCAAGGUUUAGUUCUUCUUUAAAUCCAGGAGCCAGUCGCUCCCUCAGAUGCCACAGCAACAGGGCAGCAGCAUGUCUGAAACCAAAUCCAGUCAGCGGUUCCACAGCCUGAACACUGAGCAGGUGGAGGUUCUCCAUCAGGUUUUGUCAGAGGUUGUUCCAAUCCACGGUCGUGGGAACUUUCCAACAUUGGAGCUGCGUCCUCGAGACAUAAUCAUAGCUGUGCGGGCCAGGCUUCAGAAGCAGGGAAUCACAGUGAGAGAUGUACGUCUGAAUGGCUCUACAGCCAGCCACGUCCUUGUCAGAGACAGCGGAACAAGCUACAAAGACCUGGACAUCAUCUUUGGAGUUGAGUUGCCCAGUCAGGAGGAGUUCCAGGUGAUCAAGGAGUCAGUGUUGGGUUGCUUGCUGGACUGCCUACCUGCUGGAGUCAACAGGGAGCGGAUCAGCAGUGCUACCAUGAAGGAGGCCUACGUCCAGAAAAUGGUCAAAGUCUUCAAUGAGCAUGACCGAUGGAGUCUCAUCUCACUCUCAAAUAACAGUGGUAAAAACCUAGAGCUCAAAUUUGUGAGUGUGCUGAGGCGGCAGUUUGAGUUCAGCGUUGAUUCCUUCCAGAUCAUUCUGGAUCGUCUCUUGGAGACCUACAUGCAGCAGGAAACGCAACACAAAAAUAAUAUGGUUGAGCUUAAAGACCAGCCCACAGAGCAGCAAACAGAAAAUGUGCAGAAAAACUCUCCCCCUCUCCUCAAACAGGCCAGCUCUUCAGAAACAGAGAGCCAUACUGAUAGAGACUUACCCAAUAAAGAGGGGACCCCAGUCAGUCAGACUCCAAGGGACAAGGUGCAAGAAAAGGAGUCCCAGAAAGAACUCUUGAAUCAAACUGAACAAUCAAAUCAGACAAAACAGUCUGAAGUUGAACAAGACAACAAAGUUAAAACACCUGCAGAUCUGAAAGAAGCAUCGAAACAGAGAGAAAACUUGAAAGAGACAGGCAUCUCUGACCAGACAUCUCCAAACCUUUUGAUGGAAAAGAAGCAAACCUCUGAGAAAGCUCAACCACCAACUCAGAUUGAACUCAGACAUGAGCCAGAGUUGUUGACAAAGAAUAAAUACCCAACAGAGGGAGAACACUCAGAGCAAACUCAUCCCUGUGAUAACCAACAACCACCAUGCUCAAAUCACAACGAACUCUCUGUUCUGAUACAACAAACCGACCACACUAAACCCCCCGAUGAACAGAAAGAACUCACAGAGCACAUGGAACCGAAGGAGUUGCCAAAAACCUCAAACAAAACCCAGACAGAGUCUCUAAAAUGUUCAGAAUUUCACAGUACAGACUUCUCUGAUUGUCUCAGUGAGGAUGGGAGCAGCAUUGAGAAAGAUAAAACAAUGCAUGUAUCUACACCAAACUCCAGCACACCUGCACAUGCAAAGAUAGAGACUCAGCUAACAGAUGAAAGAAAAGUUGAGAUAGACACACAGAAGCAAACAGAGAGGGAAAACGAUACAGAAAUCAGUGAAAUGACAGAUGAGAUUUCAGCAUCAGAAGCAAAAAGUGUAGAAGACACAGAGGGUAUCGAUUGUUCCUGCUCUGACUCCUCCAUGUCUCUUACACCUCACAACACACAGCCUCCUGGCACACAGGACACACUGGAGAUUUACAGCACUCUACACACAGACGACUCAGAUAAUACGCCUAAAACACUUGAUGCCCUCAGCCCUCCAGAUACUCAGGAUAUUUUAUCUGCACCACCAAGCCUUGUUUCUGACAAAAAGACCUCUUCCUCUUCUUCUAGUAAGGCCUCAGAACGCCUGUCUCACAUGGUAGUGCUCAAACACUCUUCUCCCAAACCUCCUCGGAGGAUGUGUAGGAAGGUUACCCCCAGUCUAUUUUCUGACAGCGACACAGUCCCAGAGCCAUGUUUGGAUCCAAACAUCUGCUUUGAACCUGAUAAUGCCUUUAACUCCAAGUCAACAACUCCAAGUUCAGACCCCCCCACUACCCCGACAACCUGUGAGUUGGAUCAAAUACACCCUGGACCUGAACCCAACCUUUCAAGUAACCUACCUUCAAAUCUAGAUCUUACCUCAGCUCCUGAUCCUGCCCCUGAUAUAGUAUCCUCUCCUGCUGUGGAUCCCAUGUCUGCUUUACCUCAAGAGCCACAGUUCUCUCAGUUAAUCACAGAGAGUUCAUAUGAGACAAGUUUUCAGGGCUCAAUAGAGACUCCAUCUCCACACAAGGCUUCUGAUGAGCAAAGCCAGACCUCCCCUAGAGAAACGGUCCCUGCAUCCAAACAAUCAGAGCCUCCUGACUCAGUGGACACAUUCGUUUCACACACGGAUAUGUUCGACCCAAACCCCCAAGAACCUGUACUUACCUCAGAAACUGAGCUCAGUGAUGAAGACGACAACAGAGAACUACAGACCAAAAAGUUGGACUUGAACCAGUCAGAUGAAAACCCUCAAGAGACCACACUUAGUUCAUCCUCUUCUUCCCACUGGGUCACCCCUCCUGUUUCCUGCGUCACCCCUCCUGUACUCAGUCUGUCCCCACCCUGUUUCACUCCCUCACCCCCGAGCCUCAGCCCCCCUCAAUGUCUGACCCCUCCCUCUCACUGCCUCACAUCUGCACUGAUGAGCGCUGUCAGCCCUGCUACAAGCUUUAGCUCUCCGACCCUGAGUUUCAGCCCUACCUCAUCCUGCCUCAGCUCACCUCCUUACCUGACCCCUCCUAUGCUUAGCCUCAGCCCCCCUCCACUCUGUCUUAGUCCACCCUCCCCCUGCCUCAGCCCUCCCCUCCUCUGUCUCACUCCGCCAGUGGAGUCAGAGGACUUUGUACCUCAGGUAUCUUCAGACAUGGAGUCUUUGAUGCUGAACACAGACAGCAAGGAACCGAUUAAAGAGGCCUCCCCUCAGCCAGGAAUUCCCCUCCAAGAGUUGGAGGAUGAAAAAGAACCAGAUUUUAUCUCAUCAUUGCCUCAGGUUGCAGAGCCUGUCUCUUUUCCAAUCACAAUCCCAAGCUCAACCUCACAUGUGCUGCCUCACUCUCAAACUGAAAACCCAGAGGAAUUUUCUACUCCACCAGCAGACGAGGUAUCCAGCCCCAUGCCUGAGUACAAAGAGGCCCCUAAGGUACCAAUAGACAUGCCUGAACAGAACAACAAUCCUCAGCCAUCUGGUUCGGUCCCUGCUGUGGAGGUCUUGGCUGAGAGCAUGUAUGGUGACUUUGAGGCAGCCAUGGACCACCUGCGCUACCGCCUAAUCGCUACCAGGAACCCUGAGGAAAUUCGGGGUGGUGGCUUGUUGAAAUACAGCAACCUGCUGGUCAGGGACUAUCGUCCUGCCAGUGAGACUCAGAUAAAGACACUGGAGCGCUACAUGUGCUCACGCUUUUUCAUUGAUUUCCCUGAUGUGCAGGAGCAACAGAGGAAAAUCCUAUCCUACUUGAAAAACCACUUUAUCGGAGAGGAGAGAAGCAAGUACCAAUACCUGAUGACGCUGCGUCGCGUGGUCGACGACAGCACUGUGUGUCUGAUGGGACAUGAGCGCCGUCAGACAUUGAACAUGAUCACAGUGCUGGCACUGAAAGUUCUGGGUGAGCAGAACAUUAUCCCCAACACAGACCAUGUGACAUGCUUCUACCAGCCUGCCCCGUACCUUGCCGAGCACAGUGCUCCCUAUUUAGCAGAACCCAGCUAUUGCAGCUAUUACAUACCCCAAGGGGGGUCAACUCUGCUGUACCAACCUUACCCACUGCACUUGCACACACAGACUGGACUGGUCUAAACACAAACGCACGAAGUAACACAAAAGUUAUGGUUGAACAAGGGGAAGGUGCUUGCCAUGAUGGACAGCUGGAGAAUUGAAAUAUAAUCCAGGGAUUAACUGUUUGGUCUAUAAUAGACCUAUGGGGGUGGGAAUGAUUGGGUUUUACAGUAAACUCCCCAAGUACUCUGCAAGGUUCUAACAUGAUUAUGUGUAAUUAUCUGGGCUUUGUGGGAAAGUAAUAAUUCUUCCGAUAUUGUUCAAAUUCCAGAAAAUGCUGUAUGCACUGCAUGAGUCAUAGCCCUUUGGUCUCCUUAGGAAGCCAGCUGAGCUGUUGACAUUCACACACAUGCACUGACAUAUUCACAAACAAACACGGACACACACACACAUGCACACACGCCACACACACACACACACACACACACACACACACACACACACACACACACACACACACACACACACACACACACACACACACACACACACACUUCCAGGUCUUGAAUUCUUGUAUACACUUUUCAUGUUCUUAAUGUGUUGUUCUUAAAGGGUUUGUUUAGAAUGUGGACCUUGCCUGUGGUUAAUAUCGUGCAUGGAUAAAUUGGGACUGUUCUCUCACUGCCAAAUACUGUGUGACUACUAUGCUUCUUCAACAGUUUAAUGUAACUUUGUUAAUCCUUUACUAAAUGGGUGUAUUCUGAAAAAAUGGAGGGAUAAGUCUACCAAUGUGUAGAGUACUUUUACCAGAACAUAUUCAUGCAUGCACAGCACGUACACACAAAUACACACACGAGCAGGCACACAUAGAGUUUACUGUAUGCACACAAGUACGAUACAAUGCAUGAGUAGCUAAGUAUAUAGAUAACAUCCUGAAUUCAAAGCAAAGGCUUUUAACUUAAUAAAAAUUGAUCUAUUUUUGCAAGACUUUCCAAGAUAAUACUCAGCGUUAAUCAGACUGGUUAGUUCCUACAGUAAAAUGCCAACUACAUUGCCUUUGCAAUAGACUGUACAGCAUAUUGAUUACAGUAUAUCUUGUGCGGAUAAACUGCAUUGUUUUCAGGUAAAUUGUGUUCAGAUGUAGUGCUUGAUUCUUUUUCCUCGUGGAGUCCCUUCUGUAAUACUGUGAAGUACUGUACUAUCUAGUGUUGAUUUAUUUGAUGCUAAAGUUUAUUCUAUGGAGGUGGUCAGGUUAUAACCAUCUUUGGGUCAUCUCUAAAUAUGGCAGAUGCAGAUCAGUCUGACAAAAUCGAAGGAAGUACAUUGAAUCUCAUGUGACUCCUCUCAGCAUGAAUCAGCAUCCUCUAAUUCACCCAGUCAGAAUCAACAAGCAACAAGUUAAAAUCCACCUCAGACCUGUUUGAAUCUCAGUUUAAAGCCGUGCAACAGCAACUAUACGACCAAAGAUGGUUCGGUAGGGAAAAUCAAGUGCCUAAAUGUGAGACAUCAUUGGCAUGUCUUUAUCUCACUGCACUGGGGGUGUUACCGGGGUGGGUUCGGUUUGGGUUGGGUAUGUGUUCUGUUUUUGACCCCUGUUAUUGCUGCCCAUUUUGAUGUCUUCUUUAAUGUAGUCCUUUGUUGUAGUUUAUUCAUGUACAUUUUGAUAAAAUAAAGGGGAACUCAAAAACCU